UCCUCCUAUUUAUGACAUGACGAGGUGUUGUGCUGUGUCUAAAGGCAUGUGUGGUGCACAAGUCAUUUCUCCGCUCUGCGGUUACAUGGCUUUCUUAGUAUUCCAGAUGCGUCCAACUUGCAGCACAUUCAAUGACACGUCACGUGAACUACCAGAGCGAGUCUGGACCAUCCGCAAAAGAGUACAGAGUGUUCUCUGGGUUGAUGAGGUCAUAGUGGGAUUGACUGCCCCCAUCAUACAGUGGUAGAGUCUCUUACUAUAAGGGAGUCCAAGGUUGAGUUAGUCUCUGACUAAAGAUAACCCCUACUUGCUCCACUAAUAACUGUCCCCAUGAUCACAGCACUCUGAAUCUUCCUUUGUUUCUUGGGGGCACCAAACAGAGGGCAGGAGCUCUUGGGAGUGUGGAGUUUCAGGGGCUCCUAUUGUCAUCAUGUUUAGGUUCUUGGGAGGUGGAAUCUGACCGGGGUUGAGAGUCAGCAGAUUCAGCCUGAGGCUCUGGAGGGCCCCCAUGGAGGUCUGUUGACUGUUGCUACGUCAGUGUUUCACCUUCCAACACUCACAAACCAGUCAACAAGAUUGCUGCUGCUGUGGCACAUGGAGGGGUUCUGUGAUGUAACCUGUGAUGAACUCUUGCAUUAUUGAAAAACUGUUCUGUUUAUUAAAGCUUUUUUUUCCUGUCCCAGGAUGUUUUGCUAAGAUGCAGGUUUUAUUGAUUGUCUGCCAGUGAGGUUUUCCCUGGUGACGUUGUGUGUGCGUAGGAGACGAGAGAUCUUGUGAAAUGGGCGAGAAAUGCUGCGUCAAUAUUUGUUGUGGAAAUAAAGAGUGGGUCACCCUAUGCGUUUUUGUAUAUGACCAAUCGCAAUGAAGAUAAGACAGAACAGUCAUAUUGCCCAAUGGGACCCUGCAGUGCCAUGAUUGACACUCUGUAUCAGUGGUUCUGGUGGGAUCGGAUCUGGUUGCCGGUCAACCUGACAUGGGCCGACCUUGAGGACAGAGAGGGGCGUGUCUAUGCCAGAGCCUCACACCUGUACGUCACAGUGCCCUACGCCAUAGUCUUCCUACUAAUUAGAUACCUGUUUGAAAGGUUGAUAGCAACACCGGUAGCAGCCUCAGUGGGGAUCAGAGAGAAAGUCAGGCUGAGAGUGGAAAACCCCAUCCUGGAGCUCUGCUACAUCUCUCACUCCAGAAACCCUACACAGGCAGACAUUGAUGGGCUGUCUAAGAAAAGUGGCUGGUCAGUCAGGCAGGUGGAACGCUGGUUCAGAAGGAGACGCAACCAGGACCGACCUGGAGUGCUCAAGAAGUUCAGAGAAGCCAGUUGGAGGUUGUUCUUUUAUCUGUUUGCAUUCAUCGGAGGAAUAGCAGCCCUUCAUGAUAAAGAGUGGUUUUAUGAUACACGUAAAGUAUGGACUGGUUUUCCACAGCAGUCCAUGUUGGAGUCUCAGUACUGGUAUUACAUCCUGGAGCUGAGCUUCUAUGGGUCUCUCAUCUUCAGCGUCACCGUGGAUGUGAAAAGGAAGGACUUCAAGGAACAAAUCAUUCACCAUGUCGCCACCUUGGUCCUACUCUCCUUCUCCUGGUGUGCCAAUUACAUCCGCAUAGGAACCCUGGUCAUGCUCGUCCACGACGCUUCUGAUAUCCUGCUGGAGUCUGCCAAGUUGUUUAACUACGCUAAAUGGGAAAGAACCUGCAACACUCUCUUUGUUGUGUUUACGGUUGUGUUCAUGGUUACACGACUCGUCAUCUUCCCAUUCUGGCUAAUCCACUGCACUUGGGUGUACCCUCUGGAACACUAUGCUGCGUUCUUCGCCUACUAUUUCUUCAAUGCGAUGCUGGUGAUCCUCCUCUUCCUCCACAUCUUCUGGGCCUACCUCAUCUUACGCAUGGUCAAGAAGUUCCUCUUUGGCAACUUAACCGGAGAUGUAAGAAGUGAAAACGAAGAGGAGGAUGAAGAUGGGAGCAUUUCUACAGAGGAAGAGGAGAGACACCACAGAACAGGCAACGGUGUGGGUAGGGCCACCAAGGAGGGAACCAAUGGAUGCUCUGGACGCCUAUCCAUGUCUGAAAACAUCUGUCAGUCAAAGACUGUGUACUGACCAGAAACUCAUUCUUACUGGUUGAGUCCUGCACACAAAAAAUGGUGGGAAGGGGAAGGGAGGGGUGAUGAUGUGAGUAAUCGAACAAUGUUGAACAGAUCCUGUCCCAUCUAGACAAAAUAAAAAAAGUAUUUCUCCAGUACAUGGAGUGUGACCUAGUCCAACAAAAAUGGCCGUGUCCAUCAGAGCGUCCGUACGCGGAGCAGUGCAGACGUAGAGGCUGACCUUACUGCGUUCUUUUCAACUCCAAACGAUGACAUGGCUCCUAUGUUUGAGGAGAGCAGUGUUGUUGAUGGCACAGCUUCCCAUGUAGGCCCCUUCAGAAAGAUAAACACCCCGAGAGUGAAACUGGCCAACAAAACACACAGCCCCGUGUUUGGUAUCGUCAUCAUAUUUAAUUGGUUCCGUAUUGUUUCAGAAACACAGAGUGAGCACAUCAUAUUAGUCUGCCUGGGCCCCUGUGUCUUGGCCCCUCUUCGGUCAGGACCUGCUGGGGUUUAUGGGCUGCGUUCGCUUGCGGCAAGUUUUAUCUCAACCUGUGCUGGAGUUGUUUAUGGUUACAGAGAGAUGAAUGGGGCCUGAUAUCACUAGUGACUCUUCCAGAUAAGGUGGUCGUAUCUCUCUGCUUGUCCUCUCUGACCACAGUAAAGCCCUGCUGAACUCAGCCACUUAUAGCCCGUACUAUUAGGUCUUGCUUCUCAACUAUGUUGGCUAGCACCAGGCUGAAACGACAAUGUACUAUGCUGUGCCAUUUUAUACCUUCUCAUACAUACUGUACAGUGCACACCUAUACCAUUUCAUUGUACACUACAGCACAUGGUACAUUCUGAACAAAUUGUGGUUUUUGACCCAAGGCCAUAAUUGAGGUCUGAUGUAUAUUUAUUUUGUAUUGAAGUAUUUCAUGGAUUCACAAGAGAGUGUGAAGCAGACUUAUGAAGAAACAUUUCUGCAGCAUUUAGAAAAAUCUAUUUUUGAAUGAAGCAUGACAGAAUGAUUCCGAGGUCCCAAAUAUUGAUUCUAAUGUUCUCAAAUAUUGUUUUGUUUUAUGUAGGAUAUUGUAUAUGCCAAUGAUGGAUCAAACAUCCAUUUUGUAAGUCUGGGUUGUUUUAUAAUUUUCAAAAAGAAAAGGUAAGACUUCCACUACUACUGUCUGUAAAUUUCAUAUGCCAAUAAAAUGAUUUUCUUGGCUGACA